AUGGACGUGAUUAUCGAACAUAUUUUGUAUUUUCUGCAAUUCGAUGUGGCCAAAAUUUUCGGAAAGGGCAGCGACUGUUUUCUUUGUUGUAUGAGCGCUUCAACACCACACUUCACAGAAUCGGUGGAGAAUUGCAUUUCAAAUGUCUACGAGCCGCGACCACAAAUCACAAAUGGCGAUGAUGAAGAUAACCAGUGGGCGGAGUUUUGCGCGGAAUUGGUGCAGUCGGAGGAAGAUAAUGAAUGUAGAAGAGAGUCAAGGCAGCAGGAGGUGAGCUCCGACGACUGUAUGAAUGAGAGUGAGUCUUUGCUGGAUAACCUGAAAGCCGAACCACAGCGUGAUGAAAAUGAUGAAGAAGAAAUGGCAGACGCAAACGAGUGUCCCUGCGAGGCGGUCUGCAAGCAGGUGGUUUCGAAAAUUGCUGAUAAAUGCUCGUCUUCAACUUUACUGGAGCUGCAGUGUAUUGAAGAGCGUGCAACAAAAUUGUGGGAGACACUAAAUUUGCACAUGCGCAACAAUCCCUGUGGAAAGUUUCCGAAUUGGUGGGAUUUGAAGAGUUGGCAGAAAUUACCUUUCUAUUGGGCUGCGCUCUCUAAUGAGAUACUCUGUGAGGAUCCUUUCGAGAACUUCAAACGCUUUUACGUGGUCGAUAAGAAAUCAAAUAAACGCAGUGCCAAGCGGCAACUGGAACGCACGCUGAUCAUGUGGCACCGGCUGAGCGCCAAGCAGCGGCUUCCUUUCAUUAUGGAGGCUUUCAUUAGCAAGGUGGGUUCGGGCAAGGUGAACAUCAGCGAUGAACACGAAAUACAACGCAUCAUUUGCGAGUUACAAAAUAAAUGA